ACAAACCCUGAUCUAGUGAAGAAGUUCGUCAUGUACGGAAGUAUGGACACAAAGAAAGAAGAGGACGUACGUAAGCUUUUGGGAAAGCUCCGGAAAAGAAUGUGGACGCCUUACAGACAUCGCUAGUAGUCUCCAGAAGACGGUCAUUCCAAAAUUGUUUAAACACAGGAACCACUGAAGACGAUGAAACAUCCAUCAACACUUACGAUGUGAAUAAUAACAUAUUAGACAGUAACAUUCAGACCAGUACAUUGGUUACUUCUCCAUUUCAGUUUCUAAAAGGAAUUUUUUUCUGUAUCAGCGUUAAGACCCAUCACUUUCGCUGCUGACAUGAAGUGACGUAGCGUACAAUCUUUGUGCACCUUCUGGUUGCAUUUGGCGAAGCAAUGGCAAAAAGAGCAUUCAGGAUACUAGUCUGCAUGCAGUGCAUCAUAAUUUUCGCAUUACUCAUCCCAUUUUAUUGAAUUAUCCCGACCAGCUACAUGCCAGAUAUCAUGUACAUUAUACAGUUUUUCAACCCCCGUGAGCCAAUUGCAUUUUCUGAAGCAAAGGCAUCCCACGAAAUCCUCGUCCCGUAUGCGCUGAAAGGUCGAGCUCAAGACGAAGCCAUGUUCACGCAUGCGCACCAGUGGGUAAACGCCUCAACCGUGCGCAAGGCUCGUUACUUCCGCUUUCUCCCCCUGAUGACCGUCUUCGACAAGGCGCGGCUGCUGUGCACGUGGCGCGUGUUUGACAACGCUGUCCAAGCUGCCAACCUGUCUUACUUUCUGGUGGAGGGCAGCCUGCUGGGAGCCUAUCGCCAUCGUGGCAUGAUUCCCUGGGAUGACGACAUCGACGUUGCUAUGGACGGUCUGAAGAUGGACAAGAUCCGCCAAGUGUUGGCCUGUAUCUCUGGCUACUCUCUCCGCAUUUUGUCUCAAGUUCACUGGAAAUUCUUCUCUAGCAACACCUCCAGCAUUCCCAGCGUCUGUCCUGAAAACUUCACCGUCCCAACUGCCAGCGGCCGCAAUCACAGCGGCUGCGUACCUAGCAUUCUCGAUACCAACGACACCAGCAUCCGUUACCCUUCCAUCGACGUCUUUAUGUACACCAGUGACGGCAACUACACCAGGUCCUUGUGCUACUACGCGACCGCAGCCAAUGGUGUGAGAAAUACCAUUGUCUAUCCUUUGACAACGAUGACCUUUGAAGGAUUCACUGCCCCCGUGCCCAGACAGACCUGGGAGGUCCUUGCUCGCGUAUAUUACCUUGAUCAAUGUAAGUCGCCUUUGCACAACCACCGGCUUAGUCAACCUAUCUAUGGAGAGAUAGUAAAAUGCCGAGAGUUGAAGGACAUGUAUCCUAUGUACAAUGUGGUGUGAACUGAGCCAGCCUGCCGGUAAGAAAUUAUACAGUCGUAACUUUUUAUCUUUGCACAAAAGCUGUGGUGCUUUUUCUUUUCUUAAGAUCUGUUGUUGUGUAGAUUAUUAAUGUUGAGUUAGGUCAAAACUGAGAUGCUACACCGAGACAAGGGCCCUGUACCCUGUGACUACUGCAGUCGUCUUUGGAAAGUCACAGGUUCGUUUGCAGCUCGCUCCGGACGAUGAGUGGGAAAACUCCCUUUGCUUACACAGAAGGAUAGACACCUUGUUUUGUGUGACAGGUCAAAGAUGGCAUAUGACACGUCUGAUGACAGUCCACUUCUUGACCUCCGGAAUCUACAGAACCGUCGCACGCUGAUUGGGAAACCUCCUGACUAGUCUCAGUAUUUAGCUGAUGUCAAUAAGAAGUCAUCUGAUCCAUCUGCUCUUUCAUUCGGAAUUGUUCCAUUCCUUUUUACCAUGCGCACCUUAUGAACUAACAGUCAUGCAGUUUCCAACCCGUCAUUUUGUGAUGACCUUCUUUUGUGCCUUCCCCAUGCCGAAAAUAAAGUGAGU